AAUAUUAGAUUAUUGAGAUACUAUCUCAGCUUAUAAAUACAGCAACAUCAUCUCCAAAAUCGCAAGCAGCAUCAUCCCAAAAAUAAUUCAAGUAGCAAGAUGGCCACUUUUGAUAAAAACUUACUUCUAAAUUAUGUUCCAGUUUAUGUAAUGCUCCCUCUCGGAGUUGUUAGUGUUGAUAAUGUCUUGCAAGAUCCGGCGGGUAUUAAAGAACAACUGGUGCAGCUACGAGCAGCAGGCGUUGAUGGUGUUAUGGUUGAUGUCUGGUGGGGGAUCAUUGAAAAAAAUGGACCUAAGCAGUAUGAUUGGAGUGCUUACAGAAGCUUGUUUCAGCUUGUUCAAGAAACUGGUUUGAAACUGCAAGCAAUCAUGUCAUUCCAUCAAUGUGGAGGGAAUGUAGGGGAUGUUGUAACCAUCCCAAUUCCACAAUGGGUGCUUGACAUUGGAGAAUCAGAUCCUGAUAUUUUCUACACCAAUCGUUCCGGUACUAGGGACAAGGAGUAUCUGACUAAUGGUGUAGAUAACAAGCCUAUCUUUCAUGGAAGAACAGCCAUUGAGUUAUAUAGUGAUUUCAUGAAGAGUUUCAGAGAAAACAUGUCAGAUUUUUUAAAAUCAGAGGUUAUUAUAGACAUUGAAGUUGGCCUUGGUCCAGCAGGAGAACUCAGAUACCCCUCUUAUCCACAAAAUCAAGGAUGGGUAUUUCCUGGAAUCGGAGAAUUUCAGUGUUAUGACAAAUAUUUGAAGGAAGAUUUCAAAUCGGCUGCAGCGAGUGCUGGCCAUUCUGAUUGGGAACUACCAGAUGAUGCUGGCACGUACAAUGAUGUACCAGAAUCUACUGAAUUCUUUAAAACAAAUGGAACUUACCUCACCGAAAAAGGGAAAUUCUUCUUAACUUGGUACUCUAACCGAUUGCUGAACCAUGGUGAUCAAAUCCUAGAUGAAGCUAACAAAGCUUUCCUGGGCUCUAAAGUCAAAAUAGCAAUCAAAGUUUCUGGAAUCCACUGGUAUUACAAGGCUCCGAAUCAUGCUGCUGAACUCACAGCUGGAUAUUACAACCUUGAUGAUCGAGAUGGAUACCGUCCCAUUGCUAAGAUCGUGUCCCGUCAUCAUGGCAUUUUGAACUUUACAUGUCUUGAGAUGAGGGACACGGAACAAAGCUCAGAAGCACAAAGUUCGCCACAGAAACUUGUUCAGCAAGUAUUGAGUGGAGGUUGGAGAGAAAACAUUGAAGUUGCUGGAGAAAACGCACUUUCCAGAUAUGAUGUCACAGCUUAUAACCAAAUCUUACUGAAUGCAAGACCACAAGGUGUCAACAAAGACGGCCCUCCAAAACAUCGGAUGUAUGGAGUAACAUACCUUCGUCUAUCAGAAGAUUUAUUGCAACAAACAAAUUUUGACAUAUUCAAAAAAUUUGUGUUAAAGAUGCAUGCAGAUCAGGAUUACCGUGAAGAUCCUCAAGACUACAAUCAUGGCAUACCACCAUUAAAGCGAUCAAAACCAAAUAUUCCUGCUGAUGCUCUUGUUGAAGCAACUAAGCCAACACCGCCGUUCCCUUGGAAUUCAGAAACAGACUUGAAAGUUGAUGCCUAACUUCCCAAUUUAACGGGAAGAAUGGUUACGGCACCAGUUUGAAAUACUAUCUACUGCUUGGGAAAUAGUAUCUACUGCUUGGGAUUUUCAUAAUGCACCUACGUGUGUAAUGCAAAUAAUAUUGGAAUAAUGAAGCAAUGUCUAGACAUCAAGACAUUUCUUCUUGUGUGUAUUUUUUUUUAUGUUUUCCUGUCUGCGAGGUUUAUAUCAAUGUCUAGACAUCUAGACAUUUCUUCUUGUGUGUACUUCUUUUGUGUGAUUUCCUAUCUGCGAGUUUGAUAAACCGUGUUUUAUCGAGACACUCAACUCUGCUUAUAAAGACAUGUAUACCAUCGCCAAAAAAGUGAAAAAAAAUAUUUAAAUAGCGUAUUGCUUUUUUUCAUAA